CUGAUGCAGCCACCCUAUUAUGUAGUGACUAGUGCGUCUGGCAACUCUACACUCUACAGUAUCAAAAAGGCCGUAUGGAGGAUAUUCCGGGGCGCGAAGCCCUUCUUCUCAAAACUCAAAACAAUCGUCCGAGAGCGAGAUAAUCGCAAGGUCAAGGCUGCAGUCUUUUAAGAGAAAAAGAAAAAAAGACGAAGAAGGGGGUGAGGGGGAAAUAAAAUUUGGCGGAGGCUAUUCUCCAUUGAUGUCUCUGCUGGCUCAGUCAGGAGACAGAAUGUCAAGCAUGGAGCUCCAGGACACGGUGAAGAAAGCCCUAAACGCUCUCUACCAUCAUCCCGAUGAUGCAAUUCGUUUGCAGGCCGAUCGAUGGCUUCAAGAUUUCCAGCGAACUCUCGACGCUUGGCAGGUGGCCGAUGACUUGCUUCAUGACUCCAAUAGCAAUCUAGAAACACUGAUUUUUUGUUCUCAGACUCUCAGAAGCAAGGUACAACGAGAUUUUGAAGAACUACCUUCCGAAGCCUUUCGCCCUUUACGUGAUUCGUUACAUGCUUUGCUGAAAAAACUACACAAGGGCCCCCCUAAAGUUAGAACACAGAUUAGCAUUGCCGUGGCAGCUUUGGCUGUGCAUGUGUCCGCCGAAGAUUGGGGUGGUGGCGGUAUUGUGAAUUGGAUUACAGAUGAAUUGAAUUCUCACCCAGAAUGCAUACCUAGUUUUCUGGAGCUACUCACUGUUUUGCCUGAGGAAGUAUUCAACUAUAAAAUAUCUGCUCGUGCUGAAAGACGUCGUCAAUUUGAGAAGGAACUUAUUUCAUCUGUUGGGGCUGCUCUUAAUAUAUUGACUGUCUGUUUGAGUUUUAAUGAGCUCAAGGAGCAGGUUCUUGAAGCUUUUGCUGCUUGGCUUCGACUAAGACAUGGGAUACCAGCUUCUGUGCUUGCAUCGCACCCUUUGGUGCUUACAGCUCUUUCUAGUUUGAAAUCCGAGGUGCUUUCUGAGGCAGCUACUAAUGUCAUUUCUGAAUUGAUACACUACACUGCAGCUGGAAGCUCUGGCGAGCUUUCUGCGCAAUUGCCGUUGAUUCAAGUUCUUGUGCCCCAAGUAAUGAGUCUGAAGGGGCAACUAGGUGAUUCUUCAAAGGAUGAGGAAGAUGUGAAAGCAAUUGCUCGGCUAUUUGCUGACAUGGGUGAUUCUUAUAUGGAGUUGAUCGCAAAUGGUUCUGAUGAAUCGAUGCUAAUAGUCCAAGCAUUGCUAGAUGUUGCUUCACACCCAGAAUAUGACAUUGCUUCUAUGACAUUUAACUUCUGGCACAACCUUCAGGUUAAUUUGACCGAAAGGGAUUCCUACUUAUCUUAUGGAAAUGAAGCAUCCAUUGAAGCAGAAAGAAGCAGAAGGCUGCAAAUUUUUCGUCCAUCAUAUGAAUUACUUGUAUCUUUGGUUAGCUACCGAGUUGAAUAUACCCAAGAUUAUCAAGAACUUUCAAGGGAGGACCUCAAGGAUUUUAAGCAGACUAGAUAUGCUGUGGCGGACGUAUUAAGUGACACAGCAUCAGUUUUAGGUGGUGGAACAACAUUGAAAAUUCUUUACAUGAAGCUUGUGAAGGCUGUAGGCAAUUGCCGAAAUGAAGAACCUUGUGAAUGGCGCCCUGUGGAGGCUGCUUUAUAUUGUAUACGAGCUAUAUCGAAUUAUGUGUCUGUUGUUGAAGCAGAAAUAAUGCCCCAGGUUAUGCUUUUGCUUCCAAAACUUCUUCAUCAGCCUCAACUACUUCAGACAGUGUGCUUAACUAUUGGAGCAUAUUCAAAAUGGCUUGAUGCUACACCCAAGGGAGUCGAAGUUUUGCCUUCGGUUAUAGAGAUUUUAAUGCGGGGCAUGAGCACAUCUGAAGAUUCUGCAGCAGCUGCAGCUUUGGCAUUUAGGAACAUUUGUGAUGAUUGCCGGAAAAAGUUAUGCGGGUCAUUAGAUGGUCUCUUCCACAUAUAUCAUAGGGCUGUCUGUGGGGAAGGUGGCUAUAAGGUCUCUCCUGAAGACUCAUUGAAUUUGGUUGAAGCCUUGAGUAUGGUUAUCACAGAACUUCCUCUGGACCAUGCAAAAAAUGCCCUAGAAGCAUUGUGCCUGCCAGUUGUAACUCCUUUGCAGGAAGUAAUCAAUCAAGGGCCAGGAGCAUUGCAACAAAUACUUGCACGUGAGCUUACUAUUCACAUUGAUCGACUUGGAAAUAUUUUCAGGUAUGUAAAUCACCCUGAAGCGGUGGCAGAUGCCAUUCAAAGGCUAUGGCCAAUUUUUAAAGCCGUCUUUGAUAACCGCCCUUGGGAUAUGCGAACAAUGGAGGCUCUAUGCCGGGCUUGUAAAUAUGCUUUGAGGACUUCUGGAAGGUUUAUGGGAAUCACUAUAGGAGCAAUGCUAGAGGAGAUUCAAGGCCUAUAUCAGCUACACCAUCAACCAUGCUUCCUUUAUCUCUCAAGUGAAGUAAUAAAG